CGGUUUUACAGGAGAAGUGGGAGAGGCAACGAGGGAGGAUAGCUGAGCUGACCGAGGAGGGGCUACAUAGCUACAAUCUACCUGCAAAUACACUUUCCACCCUCAUUUGUCUGCCUUGUUUAGAGAGGGCCAGGAACGCUCCACUUAGUGGGAAUGAAUACACUGGGAUGGCCUGGAAUGGUGCCAACUUACAUAGACCCAGGUGUGUGUGUGCGUGUGUAUGCAGUGACAGGGCGGGGGGUUAGCAGGCAGGAGGGAUGGGGCAUUCUGGACCGGCAAACCCAGUCGUCUGACCGUGUGAGUUACAGGUGUGCCUAGACAACGUAGAGACUGGGACCCUUCGCAGGCUUGGAAGAUGAGUCGGAGGAGUGCUUUGGUCUUCCUCAUGAUGCUCGGGAUCCUUUGCCUGCUUUACUUCUUCAGUCCUCUGCACUGGGGAACAGAGUUUCAUGAGACAUAUGAGGAUCCAGGACCAUACCAUGUGGCAUACCCCCAAAACUAUCGCUUCAUCCUAGACCACCCACAGAAGUGCAAGCAGCACAACCCCUUUUUGGUGGUGAUUGUGCCAGUGGCUCCUCACCACGUGGAAGCUCGUCAUGCCAUCAGGAAAACAUGGGGGAACGACAGUCUGGUCCAACACGGAACAGUGCUGGUCCUGUUUCUGCUGGGAUUACCAAGUGGGAACAACUCCAGAACUCUACAGCUCCGCAUACAUCAGGAGAACCUGCAACAUCAGGAUUUGCUGCAGAGCGAUUUCAUAGACUCCUACAGGAACCUGACCAUUAAAACUAUGGUGAUGCUAGAAUGGCUGAAAGAGUACUGUCCCCAGGCGCUCUUCGCUGCUAAAGUGGACGACGACAUCCUGCUGAACAUCAGAGGCCUGAUGAUGAUGCUGCUGAAUCCCAGCGUACUUCUGAGCAACUACAUCACUGGCCUGGUGUGGUACGGCAACGUUGUAAUCAGAAAUCCAUCCAACAAGUUUUACAUCCCUCAUAAUGUGUAUCCCAACUCUGUGUACCCACCAUACCCUUUGGGCAUGUGCUACAUAAUGUCCAUGGACCUGCCAGGAAAGAUCUUGAAGGUGUCAAAAGAAAUUAAACCCAUUUUCAUCGAGGACGCAUAUAUAGGCUUGUGCCUUGAACGACUCAACAUUGCUCCCACAAAUCCUCCAAACCUUGAUCAAUUUGUGGUCAACCCACCUAGGGUGUACAACCGGUGCUACUAUGCCAAACGUAUUGCUAUAAUGACCAACAGUCCCAAUCAACUGACCUCUUAUUGGACUGAUAUUCACAAACCUGGCCCAGCGUGUUGAUGCGGUUGGUUAAACUCCUGAAGUUAGGACUUCUCAGGCCAUAUUCACAAAUCUGCUGAUUUAGGACCAGAUUCACAUGCAUGCUGACUCUACCACACCACUGGGUUAUAUGAAGAUAACCGUUCAACAUAGGGUUAGGAAAUUAUUGUCAUGGUUUUCAGACCAUGGAUCAUGGAGUUGGUCAUACCAUUCCAUCUGUCUUGUUAUCCAGUAGUUAUCGUGGUUCAGUAUUUUUUCAAUAUUUAUCACCAGUAAAACUAUCCAACACCUAUUUUCUCCCACACUCAUGGAAGUCCUCACUCCAGGAUCAAUGUCGGGUGGUUAAACAAGCAGGCACACCUCUUGGCUGCACAGUAGCACUAGCUACAGAACAUUUCUUGAGCUCUAAAGAGCUUGAUCGAGUGCCUCAGCUGAGGCAACAGCUGCUGUAUAGCUUCCGGCCUUUAUCGUUUGCUGCAGCACUCCUGAGGACAUGCCGGUUCUCCCUGAGGCGUGAGUUUGAUCCCUGGAGGGACUAACUAGCAGUGUUUGUUCUACUAUUCAUCAGGUCUUUGUACAGGUAUCAUUUCAUUGCUUGGACUGGACGAUUGGUGUGUGGGGACAUCAGAAGAAAAUAAGAGACCUUUCUAAGUUCACAGUUUUCUUCAGGACUGUUUUCAGCCAUCCAGUCAAGGGAGGGGACUCAAUAGAGCUACAAUAUCCAGGUUAACUACAGAUGAGGACCUCAACACUUUGUGAACAGCACUUAGUUAGUUGCACCUAACCCUGGAGGAUAAGCAGCCGGAGGAUGCGGAGGUCCAGGGGUCAUAACAGCCCGAGGCUAUGAACUGCAUUACUGCAACAUUGCUUGUUUCAGUGGGUGCCAUCAGGAUCACCUUAGAGUCGUUUCAUAUAAACCCUGGUUUGGGGACGUGCACUGUGCACAGAUACAACAUGGUUUUGUUCCAUAAAAUUGCUGUCACAGGAAACACCUGGAAACACUUGACAGAAUCAUGAAACUGUGACAGAUAGUAUAUAGUUCAUUAGCAUUAACUAGCAUAAUGGCUUUACAUUUAUUUGUAUUGCAAAACAAGUGUUAAUGUUACCAAGAAUCUUCCAAAUAAAAUCCUGCAGACAAUCCCACCAGGCGUUUUCUCCCCUUAGGCCACAAGUUACGGAUGGCUGUGGCAACACUGGGGUCCAGACUCUCGACCUUCUGGUAGGGGGGUGAUUAGUCCGUUGCACCACUCGCACUUCUGAUCUUGCUCAGAUCUGUGUCCUUAAAUGUUAACACACUGUUAAAACAUGUUUGUUGUUUUAACUUUAAAGAGUAAUGUGAUGCAAUGGUCUAAGAAUUCAUUCAGCGAUCCCACAGAGGAGAAAAUGUCUGGUAUAACUGGGGCAGCAAGAAUUCCAGCUAAAGGAGAAACUGUGUAAAAAAACAGAUUCUAUACUGUUUACAUACUUGAGAAACUCGAACUGAGACUUAGCAGAACCUUUGACUAAACUGAGUUGGGUGUCCUCAGGUUAAAUUUAAGAAAAGCUGUGUAAUCAGAUACCUUAUAAUUUUAAGUUUUUUUUUUUUUUUUAAGUGCAAUUAUUAGUGGAAAAGCAUUCCUAAUAACAUUAGCUUGGCCUUGGGAAACAGACACUGAAACUGGGGAGUGGCCACGCCCAUUAAACAGCAGGGGAAAGAUGCAAUCAUCGUAGCUUUGUCGAAUGAGGUUGCUAAAAGGUCCAGUUUAUCACAAAUCCCAUAUGAAAAAUAAAUAUAUGCAGUGUUUUUCUCAAAUGCAUUUCAAAAUGUGUGAAAAUGGCCAAAUAAUGUUUUCUUGUUUAAUGUACUUCAGUGUUUGGAAUACAUUUUGGAAUGAAACACUGAAUAUGUUUACAUGCACACCAAUAGUAUGAUCAUUAUCCGAUUUCGGCAGUAAUCUGAGUAUUAGAUUAAGGUUGUUAUUGGAUUUUUUUUAAAUCAACAAGGAGGGCUGAAUUUUAGCUCAGUAAUUGGCUCUGUCAGUGCAUAUAUACCCUUACUCUGAUUUCUUUCAUUUUUCUCAGUCUGUGCAUGUGCAAAAACUGACCGCUGUCACAGAAAUAUAGCCUGACUCAUGUAGACCUGGAGUUUUCCCAUUAUCUGAUUACCCAAGUGCAUGGAGAAUGAAUUACUGGUAAAAUCUGAUAUUCUGGUUAAUAUAUUAAGUGCAUGUAAACACGUGCAAUGUAUUUUAAAUGUUGCUCACACGUAAAAAAAAAAAAACAUAAAUAUAGUAUUUACCUAGAACU